AUGGGUCUCGACGCUCGUGGUAUCAUAGCCAUCAUCGAGAUAAUCAUUUACAUCCCCAUCCUCUGCCUGGGCAUAUUCCUCUCCUUCCGACAUGGAUUUGCCAGAAACGCUGGAUGGAUUUUCUUGGUGAUCUUGGCACUUAUCCGCCUCAUCGGCGGUGUUUCCCACAUCUUGUCAGAGAACAACCCUGGCAACUCGACCGAGAGGACGAUGUAUGUCAUCUUGGAGGCCGCUGGUCUGGCCCCUCUGCUCAGCGCCACGCUUGGCUUUCUCCGGACAGUGUCCCAAUACUCUCUUGACAACACGCUCGUAAUGACUCGCGGCCUCGCGGUCUUGACUUUGGUCAGCACGAUCGGACUGGUCCUCACCAUCUACGGUGGCACCAAAAUGGCCAGUGCGUCUAGCGAAGACAGCUUGAACAGCGGGUCCGAUCUCCGGCACGCGGGCAUCAUCCUCUUCAUCGUCGUCUGGGUCGGCUGUGCACUCGUAACAUUCUACGUCUGGCGGCAAAAGGACCUAAUUCUCAGAUAUCGCCGGAGGCUCCUGAACGCCAUCACGUUCACACUUCCGUUCCUCGCCGUCCGCGUCGCCUACGGCGUCCUAUCCUCGUUCGCCCCCUUCCCAGUCUCCUUCCAGAACGGACAAGAGGUCGCGAACAACGGCGACUCGGGGCUUGCCAAGUUCAGCUCGACGUCGUCCUCAUGGGGCGCAUACCUCGUCAUGUCUGUCCUUAUGGAGUAUAUCGCGGUCUCCAUCUACGCAAUCGUCGGCGUCAUCACACCUCUUUCGAAGGAUCAGCCUGCUUACGACGGCGGAAACGUGCCAUUAACGAGUCAGUCGAACUAUGGCAACGUCGAGGCGUACGGCGUAGGUGGUUCCCGCACACCUGUGUACGCUCCGUCGUAUGAGCCGAGAUAUGGCUCCGGCAAGUAG